AUGCUGCUUCUGCAAAUUCCAUUGCUAGCUGUUCUCCUCGCAAGUGGUGACAAUGAAGAUGCCUUCCAGGAGGAGAUCACCUUCAAAAUCAUCCACAGCUCAUCCUUCUACAACCAUUCCUGGGUGAAAACUUGGAAAUCAGCUUGGUUGGAUGACGUGCAGACUCAUGGCUGGGACAACACUGACAAUAUUAUUUUCCUGCGUCCUUGGUCGAACGGAAACUUGAGCAAGGAAGAGAUAAAUGUAAUGGUAAAGUUCCACCAUAGGCUCUCCACUGAAAUGCCGCACAAAAUUCACAGACAUGCCAGUCAAUGGCAGCUUAAAUAUCCCUUUGGGAUACAAAUAAUAGGAGGCUGUGAGCUGCACCCUGGGGGAUCAAUAGUAGCCUUCAAUCAAUUCGCUUAUCAAGGAUCAGAGCUCCUGCACUUACAGAACAGUUCAUGGUGGCCAUCUGUAAAGGAUGAAAUUAUAGCUCAGCCUAUGUGCAGAGUAUUCAAUCAGUACCAUGUCGCCAACAAAAUAGUACAGAGGAUUCUCAGUUACUCCUGCCCACGUUUGCUCUUGAGUAUUCUUGAGGCAGGGAAGGCCGAUCUCCAGAGACAAGUAAAACCAGAGGCCUGGCUGUCCACUGGCCCCAAUCCUGGUCCUGACCGUCAGAUGCUGGUUUGCCAUGUCUCUGGCUUCCAUCCAAAGCCAAUUUGGGUAAAGUGGAUGCGAGGUCAACAGGUACAACAGGGCACUCAACAAAGUGGUAUCUUGCCCAAUGCUGAUGGCACAUGGUACCUUCAGGUUUUCUUGGAGGUGGAAGCCACUGAGACAUCUGGCCUGUAUUGCCGGGUGAGACAUAGCAGCCUAGGAGGCCAGGACAUCCUCCUCUACCUGGAACAUCAUCAAGGCUCCGUGGGCUGGAUCAUCUUGGCAGUGAUGGUGCCCCUGGUGCUUCUGACAGCUCUUGCAUUUUGGCUUAGGAAGCGCUGGUCACACUGUGAGCCUCCUGCCAGUCUUCUUCCUUUGGAAUGAGAUCCAGCAGCCCUGGUCUUCCAGAUAUAUUUAAACGCAGCAUGGCAACAAAGUCCGUUCAGC